GAUGUACUUAUUGGUGAGUCAACCCCAACAACCCCCUCUCCAAUUUGAUGUUUCAAGCUCCUAACUGACUUCGUUGAAUAGCAAAGAAAAGGUACGGGCCUCCCAUUUCAAGGAAUCACCUCUCAUCGGAUCACGACAGUGGCCCUCUUAGUGACCUGUGGAACGGUUCUAACUGUAAAUUUUCCGCCUGCAGAAAAAGAAAUGCGACGAAUCCCGCCCGCAGUGCUCUCGAUGCGCCGAGCGUGGUCAGGAGUGCUCCUACGAACCAGUUAAGCCUCGACAACGCAAGAAGCGUGACUCGAUCGCCGGUUUCGGUUCCGACUCAUCAUCUCUCACGAGCGGAAGCGCCCUUAUUCGACGAUACUCGGCCCCCGAUGCUACCAUUAGACGCUGGAAGGAGGAGGCUCUGGAUGACGAAGACGAUGGAGCGGUGGAGGAGGCCAUUCUAGAGGAGCCGGAAGACAGCGCCGAUCCGCUGGCUUACGACUUCAAGAAGAUGUUCGGCCUGCACCAUGACAAAGACGACGCUCCGCUGAUUUCUCCGGUUGAUUCUGUCGCUUUCAAUCUUUCGCUGGAAGAUGCAGAUGAGGAAAUUGUAUGCCGUCGCUCUAUCCAGCAGGAUGCGGUUCAAAAUCUUGCAGUCACACGGGCACAGCGCCACCCAGAUCUAGCCAUGAUCGCGCCUGUUCCGGUGGCUUCGCCGCGUCUUGAGUUCCUGUUCCCUACGUUCUCCGAGUUUUCGGAACGGCCGAACCGACGGGCACUAGUUGACCACUUCACCAACGUUAUGUCACACCUCAUAGUGCUGCGAGAGACGGAAGCCGGAAACCCAUUCCAACAGCUCGUGCUACCGCUGUGUCACAGCAGCAAGACUGUCACAAACGCUAUUUAUGCGCUCGCGAGUGCACACUUGGAGAAUAGAGGCUGUGGUCAUGCGGAAGAAAAGGCGGUAUAUUUCCACAACCAGGCCAUCCAGGGCUUGGCUCGGUUGAUUGAGCUUGGCGGGGAAGCAAAUAAGAACGAGCUUCUGGCCACGAUCAUGUUGCUCGUAUAUUACGAAGUACUUGUGCAGCAGGGCCGGUCCAAUAUCGUCGAUGGCCAUCUCAAGGGUGCCAUUGCAAUUAUGAGUGGUAGCAGUGACAACACUGACCCAACCACAGCCUUCCUUGAACGCGCAUUCCGAUUCUACGACGUUAUUGCUGCACUCUCCUUUGGCACGGCUCCCCUCUCCACCGCACCAGCGACAGGCUGUCUCAUACCCUUCCCACCGGUUGACUCUCCUACUACAUCGCCUCUCAAUUCUGUCGAUACGUUACUCGGUUUCUCUACAACUCUCUGGCCUAUCAUUCACCGCCUUUCAAAUCUCCUUGCCCUCAAGACUGAGUUGCAGACAGCCAUCACCAAUGGCCAGCUCACCAAGGUUGCCGUCCUGCGCUCCGAAUUUGAGACCACUUCGGACGCAAUUGAGCACGCACUUAAGCAGUGGCAGCCGAGCUUCCCCCCGGGCUUCUCAGCUGACACGAUGGACGAUUUGAGCUCAGAUGAGUCUGAUGUCGUUUCCGAGCGUGCUCGUCUGCAUUCGAUCCUCAACAAUGCCCUCGCCUACCGCCACUCUGCGUUUGUGUAUCUCUAUCGCAGCAUCUACGGUUACCCGAGGCGGCACCAUCUUGUGCAACAUCAUACACACGCGGCACUAAGCCACUGCGCUGCCACAGUCAAUCACGCCGGGCCCAUGGCGGCUCUUUUGUGGCCACUGUUCGUGGCAGCAUGCGAAGCCAUCAGCCCGAGCGACCGGCAAUUAGCCCGACAGGCUUUUGUAGCCGUUGAACGCCGGCAGGGCAUGACGAACAUUCAGCGCGCCUGGACAAUUGCGCAAGAGGUUUGGAGACGAGCAGAUAUGAUUGACGACCAUGCCGCGUACGAAGACCAUGCCAUUGGAAUGUCCACGCCCGGUCAACGGCUCGGCAAGGGAGCCGAUUUGUGGAGGCGGGUCAGCGAGGACAUGGGCGUCACGAUUGUCUUUGGUUAAAGAGGCGCGACGACAUGUCCCUUUAGAUGCGUAGGCAUCCCCAGUCGCCGCCGUUAUAUAGUAGGGAGUCAUUGAUGAGACUUGACGUAAUGAGCAAAGACAGGCAUAUCAAGGAGGUGUGGUUUACACAAAAAAAAAAUCUUAUGGGGGCCCGGGGGGGCCUACGGUAACAUGGCGAUGGUUUCGGCGCUACCGGUUCUUUUGAGGUCGGACAUGAGAAAGCAGUUCCAAAGGGAGCCGGAGCGGCAUGUGUGCUUGCGGGACAUGGAGUUUAUCUGAGAUUUUACGAUAUCAUAACCUUGUAGUAGGCGUUAAUCAAAGUCACUUUCACUCAA